GAGGAGGUGGAGGAGGAGGAAAAGGAAGAGAAGGAGAAGGAGAGCCUAAAGACGAAGAAAGUGGAGAGGGGAGAGUGUUGGGGAUCAGAGUGGGGAGGAGAAGGUAGAAGGAACGAGGAGAAAAGACGGCUGUGGUAGGGGAAACGGCGAGAAUAGUAGAGUAGAGAAGCAGAGGCAGCGCGCUGAGCCACGAGGGGCUAUUCGAGCGAGAAGGGGAGGGGUGACAAGGAACCCUGGCGGGGAGGGGACGCGGAGGCCUUCGGGGGGCCGACCAACCAGACGGCCGAUGAUGUCAUCGGGGGAGGAGACCGAGUAUUUCGCCCCCUACGGAGCAACUACGGAAAGCAAGCAACAGCGACUCCAGAAGAAGCAGAAGCGCACCAGACAGCGCGUGGACGCCGGCGAGCCGCGCAACAACUACUCGAGUAUACCGCACUUCACCUCCCGGCCAUCCUUCCACGGCGGCGGUGGCCUGUACGGUUCUAUCUUCGGUGGCAGCGGACCAACACACCAGCAACAGCAACAACAACAGCAACAACAAUCGCAGCAACAUCACCCGUCGCAAUCGCAAUCGCAGCAGCAACAACAACAACAACAACAACAACAGCUCCAGCAGCAACAAGCUGGAGCGGCAAGCAGUCAAGGUCAUUUGAGUACAGCUACGACGGGUCCUAGCACUCAGCAGCAUUCCGCCCACGCGGCUUUUGGCUUCUUCGGGGCACCGGGUUACGGCCCCGCCAAGAUGUUGAACGAGCUACUCGGGCGACAGGUCAAACAGGCCAGUGACGCCGGUGGCUCGCCGCCAGAGGGCGGUCACGGGAUGACUGGUGCCGGCAUGGACCCCGCUGCCAAUUUGCAAUCCGGUGCAGUGGUUAAUUGCGACGAUCCCGCCACCGCCGAGCUCACGCAGCACAUGCUCCGCGACAUACUGCAAGGGCGGAAAAUUUCCGCGCUCGCGCUGCAGGAACAGCCCAACAACAAUAACAGUAUACACAGCAACAACAACAACAACACCACAGCGGAUCUACUUAAGUCGCAGCAGCAACACCAUCAAAGCCCUCAACAGCAUAACAACAACAACAACAACAACAACAACAGUGAUAGUGCACGUAGUGGUGCAGUGCAGAGUGGUGGGGAGGAGAGUGGUGAUGGAAACAACGUCGUGAAUAACGCGAGUCACAGUGAUCGUGAUACCGUGAUGCCGGGCGAUGCCGAGGAUAGUGCCGAGGACGCAGCCGCGGCCGCACGUGCCAUGGAGGAGGCAUUCGCUGAAGCUGGUAUGGAGCCUGGCGCGAAUCUCGAUGGGUCCGAUUGCGAGCAGAGUUUACCACCCAGUCCCACGCAGCCUAGGUCGGGGUCCGUGUCCGUCAAGGAGGAGAUACAGGACUCGUUGAAUAUCAAACGUAGCCCCAGUCACUCCCCUUGCCCGAUCGUGCCCAAAACGGAGGCCAAUUCGCCGACCACGGAAACGAAGCGCGCUCGUGUCGAAAAUAUCGUGAGCACGAUGCGCAGCAGUCCAGCCCUACAAACUGCCACGGUGAACGGUUGCAAGAAGCGUAAACUUUAUCAACCCCAGCAACAGACGGUGCACCAUGUCCUCCAGCACACCGUCAACGAUACCAUGAUGGACGACGAGGAGGAGAGCGAGGAGGAGGAUGAUCCGUCGACGAUCAGGCAGAAGCGGGAGGAGAAGGAUAAUCUCCAGACCCAGCUGAAGAAAUUGCACGAACAAUUGGCAGUGAUGCAGCAAAAGUACAAUGAGCUUACGAGCAGAAUCGAUUCGGACGCGGGCGAAAGCAUCGGCGCUCCCCUAAGUCCUCAGCCACCGCUCAAACCACCGCAACCUCAUCCACCGCCGUACAACGGGCUCCCUGCCCUCCCCACCGAACACCCACACGCCGCGGCAGCCGCUAUGUAUCACAUGGGACAGAAACUCUACCUCGAACAGCAACAAGCCGCUCUGGAGAGGAUGAAGCAGCAUCAGGAGGCAGCCGUCAGGCAACAGCAGCAGCAACAGCAGCAGCAACAGCAACAACAGCAGCAACAGCAGCAGCAGCAGCAGCAACACCAACGACAAAGUUCCCCGCCACCCCCUCCGAGUCAACCGCAGCAACAGAGCCAAAGCAAUACAGGCCCGUCCACGCCGCAAACACCGCAAAUGCAGCCGGCCAGCACGCCUCUCCAGCACAAAGAAUUCCAGGAAAGGAUAAAUGUGUUCAGAGGGGCCGCUGCAGCGGCUGGCACCUCGGGCCCCCACAUCACCGACGAAGAUCUCCAGAGCCUGUCCGAUACGCUGAAAGCGGAAAUCACCUCGUACUUGACGAAUCUGAUCGACAAGGUGGUGACGAGGUUCGUCCAACAGAGGAGGUAUCUUGGGAAGCAGAGCGAGGCGGCGCAAGUUGCAGCCGAGCAAUUGAACAAGGAUCUCUUGUUGGCGAGCCAAAUACUGGAGAGAAAGUCGCCGAGGACGAAAGUAGUAGAUAGAGGAGCGCCACAACCACCCGGUGGCCCAAACGGGCCACGGGGGCCCCACAAUGGCGGGCCCCCACCUCCACAGUCUACGGGUUUCCCGCAAAUCGCGUCCAUGGGUGGUGGACCCCAUGGUCCGCAUUCUGGCCCCACGGAAAACAAUCUUAAUCAAAUGAACCAACUGCCCUCGCACGUGAGGGGCAGGAUGUUCCAGACACCGAAACCGCCAACCAUGUACAGCAUGGCCUCCAUGCAGGCGCAGCAGCAACAGCAGCAACAGCAACAUCAACAGCAACGAGAGCAUCAGCAAAGGGAGCAGCAGCAACGUGACCAAUAUUGCAACUUGAGGGGCGACGAGAGAGAAAGCAGGGACUCGGAACAGAACGAGGCGCUUUCCCUCGUAAUGACACCGAAAAAGAAACGCCAUAAGUAUUUCCCUCCGCAGGUGACGGACACGAGGCUUACGCCGAGGACGGUGUCGAGAAUCCUGGCGCAGGAAGGUGGUGGGUCGCAAGGAGGCAGCGAGAGUCCACCACCCCCGCCUCCACCGAGAUCGUAUCACCCGCCACCACCGAUGCUGCCAGUGUCCCUGCCAACCAGCGUAGCGAUACCAAACCCCAGUCUUCACGAAAGCCAAGUGUUCUCGCCGUACUCACCGUUCUUCAACCCCCACGCGGGUCACCCAGGCCAAGUACCACCUCCUGGCCCACAUCACCUGCCUGCCAGCCCUCCGGGUGGAGGUGUAGAUGUCAGGGACUCCCCUCCACUGCCCCACAUGCCAUUGCAUCCUGCCUUAUUGGCGGCUGCCCAGCAUGGCAGUCCAGAUUACGGACAUCUCAGGAUGGACAGCAACGAACGGCCCAACGACUGCAACUCCGACGACAUCAGCUACGACGGGAUUCAGCCUACAUCGUCGAUGCUAACACCGAUACAUCUGAGGAAGGCGAAGCUGAUGUUCUUCUGGGUCAGGUACCCGUCCUCGUCCAUUCUCAAGAUGUACUUCCCCGACAUCAGGUUCAAUAAGAACAACACAGCGCAGCUGGUCAAGUGGUUCUCCAACUUCCGGGAGUUCUACUACAUUCAAAUGGAGAAAUACGCGAGGCAAGCUGUUUCGGAAGGUGUGAAGAACGCGGAUGACCUACGAGUUGGAGGUGACUCGGAAAUCUAUCGAGUUCUGAACCUUCAUUACAACAGAAACAACCACAUUGAGGUGCCGAGCAACUUCAGGUACGUCGUCGAGCAAACGUUAAAAGAAUUUUUCAAGGCGAUUCAAGGUGGCAAGGACACCGAGCAGAGCUGGAAAAAGUCCAUCUACAAAGUGAUCUCGAGGCUGGACGACCCGGUGCCGGAGUACUUCAAGACCCCGAACUUCCUGCAGCAGCUCGGUUAAAUCAGGAGGUCGCGUGGCUCUUGCUCUUCGUGGUGCGCGGGCUCAUCAGCGCUCGUCGGCUCCCGGUAAUAAUACCAAGAAACCAAAAAAGAGAGAGAGAGAGAGAAAAAAAAGGAAGAAGUAAAUAAAUAAUAAUAACGAUAGCGAAUGAAGGAACGGUCAGCGAAGAAGGAUCGCAUCCGCCAGGAGGUACACGUCCUUCGCGUAAAGCGCGUUCAGGUAUCCUUAAACUAACAUAUCGCAGAACGAGCGUGAGAGAGAGAGAGAACGUGAGAGAGAGAAAGAGAGAGAGAGAGAAACAGAGAGAGAGAGAGAGAGAGCGCGAGAGAGAGAAAGAGAGAGAGAGAGAGAGAGUUAGAGGGAGAAUUAGAGAAGAGGGAGGAUUAUACACACACACACACAGCGUAGUUCAAGGGAGGAACGAAACGACACAUACGACGUACACGCGACGUACGGAGGCAUCGAUCAUCAUCAAAUGGAACGAUGAGGAGUGCCGACGAAGGAUCAGGCUGUGACCUAAUCAUACGAGACAACUGUCCACACACAUCGCGGGAUGGGUGGAUAAUUAUUCAAAAUAUAGCUUCGUGCCUUUAUUAAUAAAUAAUCCCGAUCGGGAUCCUCGAUCGGGACUCUACGAGUUACUAGCGAGGCCACGAACUGUCCACCCUAUCCUGCCCACCAUGUGGACCAACACAUGCCCGACGACAAUUCGAGACGACACACAAGUCUUGGAAGAAGAAGAAGAAGAGGAAGAAAGAAGAAGAAGAAAGAAGAAGAAGAAGAACGAGGACGAAAGCGUGGUCAACGAACGGCAAGGAAUUUUACACACAACACAAAUAUAAAUAAUACACACAGCUAUAUUCGAGCUAUAUAUAUAUAUAUAUUGUCAACUAUUAUAUAUCUUGUUUUCGAUUUGUUGCGUUACGCGAGUUCACCGAUUGAAAAUCGCCUAAUUUUUAAGUGGCAUACACUACGGUUUUUCCCCCUCCCCCUUUCCUCCCCCGAUUUAGGGGGGGAGAGAGAGCAUUUUAACAAGGGGAGCGUAUGAUAAUAAUAAUUAAUCCCGCGACGACGGGCGAGGGGGUGGCUUUCGUUCGAGCGAAACGUCGACGAGGUGUGCCUAUAUACGAAACGAUAUAUAUAUAUAUGUAUAUGUAUAUAUGUAUAUGUAUAUAUAUAUAUAUAUAUUUGUCUAUAUGUUUCUAGAAGAAGAGUGGAAACCGAUCGAUGAUAAUUAUUAUCAAUAAUAUGUAUAUGUUGGGGCGAGAGAUCCGCUGGACGGAUCCUCCGCAGCUUCCCGUUGAGAGGCAGAAGAGGAACCCUUCUCGUGGAUCUUCCAGGGGGAGGAACGGUUCGGGACGGACGGCGUUGCCCUUCGUUUCGAACCGUUUCUAACGACUAAGCUAACUCGGAACAACGAUGGCCAGUUUCACUCGGCAUUCGUCGAACUUGUGUGUGUGUGUACCUCGUCGCGGUCCUUUCUUUCUUUUUCUCUUUUUUUUUCUUUUUCAUUUAUCAUUCUCUGCGUACCAAAAAAAAAAGAAAAAAAAAAAGGAAAAAGAAAAAGCGUACCUCGCGAUUCGAUCGAGCGCACCACCCUCCUUUGAACCCUCGUCUCGGUGGCGAUCAUAUAUUCUAUCGCGCGAUCACUGCAACAACAACAACACACUCGCGGGCUCUGUGGAACAGGGCGAGCCUGGAUGAUUUUGUUGUUUCGUGAACAAGAGUAUCCUGGAAUGGCGGUUCGUAAAACCGAAUCGACGGGAACUAGAAACCCAACUAUUUUCUUUUCUCUUGGAAUGGAAAUUUUUUUUUUUUUUUUUAUAUAUAUAUAUAUUAUUUCGUAAGCAAAAAUUGAACUGGUGAUAUCAUCACGCGCACACAGGCGCGAUCAGAAUAUAAAUCCUUUUUGCUCUUAAGUUGUAACGUAUAUAUACACGUUUCUCUUCUCUUUUAUCUUAGCACCAUAGUCGAAUCGAAGAACGCGUUCGAAAUCUCGAAAUAUGUUUUGAUCCUAUUCAAUUCGAUAUUGAAAUUCGAAACAUCCGACGGUGAACAUUCCUAGCGGCGAAAGCUUCGUGAUAAAUUCCAUGAAAUCUCGGACGAGCGUGACGCUGGAAACGCUCGGAACCCGGCCGAAUGCUCUGACGAUGAACGUCGCGAAGCGAACGUCGAUUUAGCUUAGCAACAAAAAAUAAAAAGAAAAAGUAAUAAUAAUAAUAAUUCUCUGUCGUUGUUAAUUUUCUCUCGGCUCGAAAUUCGCUCGCCGACAGGGGAACGAAAACGAAAGAGAUCGUAACGGAGAGAGAGAGAGAGAAAGACCGCGUUGCAUUCGAAAAGAAGGGGAAGAAAUACACGGUGCGAAAAAUAUUGAAUAAGAAGAAAUUCGUAUUCGCGCGUAAUAAGAUGAAAAAGAAAAAAAGAAAAAAAAAGGAAAAAAAGAAAAAAUUACGUAGAGAUG